AUGGUUGAUACAAUGACCUUUGCCCAAGAUGUUCUGCGAUGUGAUCUAUGUGAAACUCCUAUUCCUUCAAUGCACUGUGACUUUUGCCAUAUCAAACUCUGUAAAGCGUGUGUGGGGGAGCAUCUCUCUGAUUUAUCAAAGGAACAUAAAGUGGUCAGAUUUAAAGAUCGAGGAUCCACUCUUAUUUUUCCCGAGUGUACGAUUCAUAUGAAAAAUCAUUGUCAACUUUUUUGUGAGGACUGUGACUGUCCUCUAUGUUUGUCCUGUCUUUCGUCCAACUCCCACAAAGGUCACACGUUAAAGCAUUUUUUGGAAAUAUUGAAAUCCAGACAAAAUGAUAUUGAUACAGAUAUCAAAGAACUGCAAGAUUUUAUAUGCCCUAUAUAUGAAGAAAUUUCAUUGGACAUCAUAAAGGAAAAACAAAGUGCAGAAAAUCACUACAAAAAAUUAAAAUCAGAUGUCACAAAGCAAGGAGCAGACUGGCAUAAAGAGAUUGACAUUCUUGUAAAAAACAAAAUUUCAAACAUUGAGGAAAUGACGCAGAAGCACCUGGAAACCCUCAAUGAAAAAGAAUUCGAAAUUAAUCAGAACAUUUCUAAAGCAAAACAAGUUAUUUUAGAUCUGAAGAAAAUGUUAGAUUCCAAUGACGUCUCCCUAGUCACUACGUACAAAUCCUGCAAUGCUUUCUUCAGAACAUUGCCUCCUAAAGUUACAGCAUUUUUACCAAGUUUCUCUUUUGAGAAAGUCAACAGAGAACAAAUUUCUCAACUGUUUGGUUCUCUCUCAACUUUAUCUUUUAUUAAAGAAAAGCAUGGCUACACGCUGAAGGCACUGGAAGUUGUUCCUUGUCCUCCAGUCAAACCACUGCUUGAUGAUCCUGAGAUCAUUGGCACCAUCGACACUGGAUAUAAAUAUCUGAAUAGUGUUUCCUGCCUAAGUGACGAAGAAAUCUGGACUUGUGGGAACAGCAAAGUUAUGAAACUCUACAACCUCCAUGGCAAACUACUGAGGACAAUUCAAACUAAGUCAAAGAUCCCACCUCGGGAAAUAGCAGUGACUGAAAAUGGAGAACUUGUCUACAUCGAUGAAGUCACACAAACUAUUAACUUAGUAAAAAAUAAGCAAAUAGAAGAAGUUAUAAGAUUAAUGGGGUGGAUUGCAGAAAACGUUUGUGUUGCUUUUUCUGGUGACCUUCUUGUUACUAUGGCUAGAGAUACGGAAUCAAAGAUUGUACGUUAUUCCGGCUCUUCAGAAAAACAAACUAUUCAAUUUGAUCAUAGGGGCAAACCUUUGUUUCCAUCUGGCAGUAUGAAAUACAUUGCUGAGAACAGAAAUCUAGAUGUAUGUGUUGCUGACAUUGCAACUGGCGCAGUAAUAGUGGUCAAUCAGAUUGGAAAACUACGUUUUAGAUAUACUGGCCAUCCAUGCAAGGGAGCAUUUUAUCCUCAUGGCAUUGCUACAGACAGCCAAAGUCAGAUUGUGACAACAGACUCUAACAACCACUGCGUGCAUAUCUUAGACGAAAACGGGAAGUUUCUUCGCUACAUUGAUAACUGUAAUUUAAGCAACCCAUGGGCAAUAUGUGUUAAUUCCAAAGAUAACCUCUUUGUAGCUGAGCAAUACAGUGGUAAAGUAAAGCAGAUAAAAUACAUAUAAAAUGGAUGACAGCUAACAUUUAACGAUAUUUUGUACGGAAUAGAG